AUGAGGAUCUUUGUCGACGGUGCAUGUCGCAAUAAUGGGUAUUCAGGCGCAGAGGGCUCUGCGGCAGCAGUGUUCAAGAGGGGCAAAAACCAGAUACUCCAGAGUCACAAGUAUCGCCUACCUGACGACCCAGCCCCAACAAACCAACGAGCUGAGAUUACAGCCAUCAUCAUCGCUCUGAAGCAGGCCCUGCACAAACAUGAAGACCUGGACACAUUUCCCAGGCUGGACGUCAAGAUCUUCUCCGAUUCCGAUUACGCAGUUAGGUGCAUGAAUGAGUUCGUGUUCAAAUGGCUUGAGAAUGGCUGGACCACUGCGGCGGGCAGGCCAGUUAAGAACCAGGAUCUCAUCAAAGAUGCUGUUCGCUAUCAUGACGAACUCAAAAGGCUGGGGAAAGUUAGGAUUCGCUGGAUCCCGAGGGAGCAGAACCAGGAUGCUGAUCAGCUUUGCAAUGAGGUUUUAGAUGGCUAUGAUUAUUAUGAUGAAUAUUACUAA